AUGCGCAGUGUGCAAUGUUACAUCUUCGGUCUCUUUAAUCUAAGAUUGCAAUCCAACGCCAAUUACGACAACAAAGAAUUUGUUGACUUAAAGAAUCAACUCGAAAACUCAUUGCUCAACCAACUUCGUACUAAAUAUUACCAAUACAGUACGUCAUCGACGUCAAAUUCCAACCAAUACUACAACACCAAUAAUAAUAAUUACAUGUACACCACAACAACAACAACUACAAGACCAGUUUACUACGUUCCAAAUAAUUAUUAUAGUACAACAACGUAUCGUCCAAUCUAUCCAUCGAUUCCAACACAUUAUUCGUAUGCCAAUCAACAUGAAUACAAUUCUCAUACAAGAUAUACACCUGUUUCUAAUCCCCAGAGUUUAACUCAGCUCGCUUCCGAAGUUCAACGUCAACUAGAUUCGAACUUGAACGAUCUACUGGACGAAACUCGCAGAACACAUUUUUCAUCUAGCCAGGCUGCCUCCUUGGUAAAUACAGAUGUUUUGCUCGACAAGCUGAGGAAUGAAUUAAAAACUAACAUAAGUUACAAUCUUGACGAAGUUAUCAGACAAAACUAUGGAAAUCAAAGACUUAAGGAUGGUUAUUUGUACUCUGUCGGACCUCAAGGUGAAAUAUCAUCAGAUUACAACUAUGGUGUAAGAGAUUUGGAGAGUAUGAGAGAACAAAUGGAAAGAAACUUGAUUAACAAACUUAACAACGAUUUUGAACAAACUAGAAAGAGUUGGUCAUCACAACAGUCUUACAGCAGCCAAUCCAGUUACGGAGCCAAUUCUAACUAUGGAUACGGAAGCAAUGCAGGAAUCAAAUCUCAUUACGGCUCAGGAUCUGAAUAUGUCGGUGAAAGUAGCGGAAAUAUGGCGCAAUUGCAGAGACAAAUGCAAAACGAUUUAUCGAGACAGCUCAAUUUGGCUUUGCACAGUGGGCAUUCUUCUAGUUACAGCUCGUCGAAUCCCCAAAACUAUCAAGCUUCGCUUCAGGAAUUAACUGAUGAACUGAAUCGUAAUGUCACCAGACAUCUUCAAGAAUAUAGUGCCAGCGGUUCUUAUGCAGCGCACGGAAACUUCGAUAGGGCUCAAAUGGCUGAUCUCAAAGCGAAACUUCAAGAAAACUUGACGCAACAGCUUAAGCAAGGUCUGCAACAAUCUUUCCAAACUCACAGUUCAUACAGUGCAAACAGUGCAAGCAGCAGCAGUGGAAGCUUCAGAUCAGGAAGAGGAUACGAUUAUCAAAAUGGAAACUAUAGGUCGGGAUUAGAAUCAUCUUGCCAAGAAUGUACGAGUUUUGAUCCAAGUUAUUAUAGAACUAGAUCCAAACGUAGUUACAAAUAUGGACAUUCGCAUUCAGUACAUCCCCAAUACGAAAUUAGUCAAGCCGUUGAAAUACCACAACAGGAAUUAGACGAACAUGAGUUGGUCGAUGAUUUAACACAACAAAUUGAAACUGGAUACUCUAUGCAUAACACACAUGGGAACCUGCAUUUUGAUCAACAGCAGCAACAACAACAAUUUGAUGACGAUUUAGAUUUGACACAGCAAAUUGAAACUGGAUACCACAAGCACAACAGUCAUGGGAAAUUGCAAAUGGGAUCUUUAGAUCAACAGCAACAACAACAAUUAGAUGAUUUAGAUUUGACUGGAUACCACAAUAGACCUGGAAAACUGCAAUCAGGCUCUUUAGAUCAACAACAGCAGCAACAACUAGAUAAUGAUUUAGAUUUGACCCAACAAAUUGAAACUGAGUAUCCUAAGCACAAUGGACGUGGAAAACUGCAACUAGGUUCACUAGACCAACAGCAACAAUUAGCUGAUGAUUUCGAUUUAACUCAACAAGUUGAAACUGGAUACCCUAAGCACAACAAGCCUGGAAAACUACAACUAGGUUCACUAUAUCAACAUCAGCAACAACAAUUAGAUGAAGAUUUAGAUUUAACUCAGCAAGUUGAAACUGGAUAUCCUAAGCAUAAUAGGCCUGGAAAACUGCAACUAGGUUCACUAGAUCAACAGCAGCAGCAACAAAUUGAUGAAGAUUUAGAUUUAACUCAACAAGUUGAAACUGGAUACCCUAAGCACAACAAACCUGGAAAAUUACAACUAGGUUCACUAGAUCAACAUCAGCAACAACAGUUAGAUGAAGAUUUAGAUUUAACUCAGCAAGUUGAAACUGGAUAUCCUAAGCAUAACAAGCCUGGAAAACUGCAACUAGGUUCACUAGAUCAACAUCAGCAACAACAAUUAGAUGAAGAUUUAGAUUUAACUCAGCAAGUUGAAACUGGAUAUCCUAAGCAUAACAAGCCUGGAAAACUGCAAUUAGGUUCACUACAUCAACAUCAGCAGCAGCAACAGUUAGAUGAAGAUUUAGAUUUAACUCAACAAGUUGAAACUGGAUACCCUAAGUACAAUGGACAUGGAAAACUGCAAUUAGGUUCACUAGAUCAACAACAGCAGCAACAACAACACAUUGAUGAAGAUUUAGAUCUAACUCAACAAGUUGAAACUGGAUAUCCUAAGCUCAACAAGCCUGGAAAACUGCAACUAGGUUCACUAGAUCAACAGCAACAAGUUGAUGAAGAUUUAGAUUUUACCCAACAGGUUGAAAGUGGAUACCCAAAGCACAAUAAGCCUGGAAAACUGCAAUUGGGCUCUUUAGAUCAACAACAGCAGCAGCAACAAGUAGAUAAUGAUUUAGAUUUGACCCAACAAAUUGAAACUGGAUACCCUAAUCACAACAAGCCUGGAAAACUGCAACUAGGUUCACUAGAUCAACAGCAACAAGUUGAUAAAGAUUUAGAUUUUACCCAACAAAUUGAAAGUGGAUACCCAAAGCACAAUAAGCCUGGAAAACUGCAAUUGGGCUCCUUAGAUCAACAACAGCAGCAGCAACAAGUAGAUAAUGAUUUAGAUUUGACCCAACAAAUUGAAACUGGAUACCCUAAUCACAACAAGCCUGGAAAACUGCAACUAGGUUCACUAGAUCAGCAGCAACAAGUUGAUGUAGAUUUAGAUUUAACCCAACAAGUUGAAAGUGGAUACCCUAAUCACAACAAGCCUGGAAAACUGCAACUAGGUUCACUAGAUCAACAACAACAAGUUGACAAAGAUUUAGAUUUAACUCAACAAGUUGAAAGUGGAUACCCUAAUCACAACAAGCCUGGAAAACUUCAAUUGGGCUCUUUAGAUCAACAACAGCAGCAACAACAAGAUAAUGAUUUAGAUUUGACCCAACAAAUUGAAACUGGAUACCCUAAUCACAACAGGCCUGGAAAACUGCAACUAGGUUCACUAGAUCAACAGCAGCACCAACAAAUUGAUGAAGAUUUAGAUUUAACCCAACAAGUUGAAAGUGGAUACCCUAAUCAUGGAAAACUGCAAUUGGGUUCUUUAGAUCAACAACAGCAGCAACAACAACAAGAUAAUGAUUUAGAUUUGACCCAACAAAUUGAAACUGGAUACCCUAAUCACAACAAGCCUGGAAAACUACAACUAGGUUCACUAGAUCAACAGCAACAAGUUGAUGAAGAUUUAGAUUUAACUCAACAAAUUGAAACUGGAUACCCUAAGCAUAACAGGCCUGGAAAACUGCAACUAGGUUCACUAGAUCAACAGCAGCAGCAAGUUGAUGAAGAUUUAGAUUUAACUCAACAAGUAGAAACUGGAUACCCUAACAAGCCUGGAAAACUUCAAAUAGGUUCACAAGAUCAACAGCAACAAGUUGAAUCUGGCUACCCUAAGCACAAUGGGCAUGAAACACUGCACUUGGGUUCACUAGAUCAACAGCAGGAGCAAUUAGAUGAUUUAGAUCUAACACAACAAAGUGAAACUGGAAUCCCCAAGCACGACAAGCCUGGAAAAUUGCAAGUUAAUGAUUUAGAUUUAACUCAACAAAUUGAAACCGGUUACCCUAAGCAUAAACCAACUUCACAAGAUGAACAACAAGUUGAUGACGUAGAUUUAGAUCAACAAGUUGAAGAAACAUUAGCCCGUAGGCAUCAUGACCAAGGAAAACUCUCAUUGUCAUCUCAACCAGAAGAGCAAAUCAAUGAUGACAAAUUAACUCAGCAAAUUGAAGAUUUUGAUAUAAAACCAGCUGUCGAUUUAGAGGCAGUUCUUUUACCCGAAAAUAUAACAGAAAAUACCGAUUUCAUCGAAGAGAAACUUUCUAAAAAAUUAGAAACUGCAAUCAUAGGCUUCUGCGGUACAGACAAACUCAAUAAACCUAAAUUAGCUCAAAUAAAAGAAAAAUUAUCUGAAGAUCUCAGGAAGAAUAUCACAGAAGAAUUCACUAAAGGCUAUUCCAGGCACUAUCUCGAAUCAAAUUUGGGUUUAAGUCAAAAGCAAAUAUUAAAGGUACAAAGGAUAAUAGAAGAAAAACUAACUGUCGAACUUGAACAGAGUUUAGAAGUCGUAGAAGAACAAAAUGGAUUAACAGAGUCAAACAUAUUUGAAGUUUCAAACGAGCCUGAUCUCCGCGAUAUUGAUAAUAUUCAACAAGCUCAACUACCAGAAAAUUACUACGGGCCUUUAAAUACUGGAAAUACAAGGCAAUCAACAUUUACACAAUCGCAACAAACAAUUAGUCAUCACACCACUCUCGUAGAUCAAAGAAAACCAGAUGAUUUAGCAUUUGGUAUAACAGAUCAAGGAAAAUUCAUAACCCAGCCACAAUCGAAAUCGGAAGCCGAGGGUGAAGCUAAUUCGCUAAUAGAAGUCCUUAGAAGAAGACUCCACAAAAAACACGAUAAUCAAAAAGUUGUUGUUGAACAAGAUAGCAGUCCUCUAGAUUACAAUGGUAAUAGAAGAACUUAUUCACGAACUACAUAUUAUUCUAGUAACAGUGGCGAUCCUCAUUCUAGAACGCAAACAACUGUAACAUCUUACGGACCAGGUUCUCAUAGCCAUCACAAUUUAAAUGGUUACGAAUCUCAAUUCGAAGAUCUUAACCACCGUUUCGAAAUGCCAACCCAUGGUAGUGUUGAAAGGACAUAUUCGUAUAGUGCUCCUAGUUAUUCCCGAUCAAGUAGUAGAAGUUCGACAUAUCAUAGUUCUGGAACCUACAAUCAUAAUAAUGACCAGCACCAAUUAGAAGACAUUCCUGUAGUUCCUGGUUAUUCCCCAUCAAAUACUAGAAGCUCCUCGGCAUAUCUAACUUCUGGAACGUACAACCAUGAUCAUAAUAAUGACCAGCACCAAUUAGAAGAAAUUCCUGUAGUUCCUGGUUAUUCCCGAUCAAAUACCAGAAGCUCUUCAGCAUAUCUAACUUCUGGAACGUACAACCAUGAUCAUAAUGAUGACCAGCACCAAUUAGAAGAAAUUCCUGUAGUUCCUGGUUAUUCCCGAUCAAAUACUAGAAGUUCCUCAGCAUAUCAUAGGUCUGGAACAUAUAAUCAUGUUGAUAAUGAUGACCAUCAACAUGAAGAAGAAAUUCCUGUAUCUUACAGUCACCAUCAUUCUGAAAGUGUUCACCAAGAGCAAGUUCCACUUGGGUAUGGUUAUCAACACCAUCAUCGGGGUUUUGUAAAUGAUCAACAAGCCAUUCCUUUUCAGGAAAUUUCCACAUAAUGCUUGCUGAUGGAUAAUGCAGUGGUAACAGAGAAAUUGCGGAAAAGUUUCAUCUUUACGGCAUAACGCCACCAGACCCUUAUCACAACCCACCAUAGCUGGAACGCCAUCGAUUGUCAAGCCUACCAUUUUAGAUAUUGGAAUUUUCUCGGAAGAAAUAAUAUUUUUUAAAUGAGAAAACAACUCCUGUCCAGUAGUGUGUCCUUUCAGUGGAAUAAACUUCAAAAGAUCUUCUUUAUUUGUAACAUCACUAAAAACCAUCCUGACGAACACGGCCAUCUGGGCUGUGUCAACGACAUCUGUUGAUUCAUCCAGUUGAAGUGAAAAAUAAACACAGUUAUCUAAGUCAGUUCUUAACUGUAAAAAAAUAUCAUUGCUCAUUACUUCUACACGUCUCAUCACUGUAUUAGCAGAAAGUUGCAUAGAUUUUAUAGCUGAAACAAUCUCGUCUUUAUUUCUAAAGUUGGCAAAUAACGAAUCAGCAGCUUCUAAAAACGCAUGUUUUAUCAUUUCCCCGUCUUCAUAAGGUUUCUUUUUUUGUGCAAUUAUCUGGGACACACGGUAUGAUGCUUCAGUUGCAGCCUUAUUUUUGUCGACUGUUCUUAAAAAUAUUGAUUGUUGUCCAAUUAACUGCUUUUUUAACUGUUUCAGUUUCUCCUUUCUGGCGGCAGAAUGUAGUGGGAAUGAUUUUUCAAAAUUAGAAUGUACAGUUUUAUGAUGUCUCUCAAUAUUUCCUUUUUUUAGCAACGCAGACCGAAGUAUUACAUAACAUACAUUUUUAUCUUUAACUUAUGUAAAAAAGUAUUGUUCUUCCCAUUCCGAAUGAAAGUGGUAUGUCUUUACCUUCUUACAACUGCUUGCCAUAAUAUUAUUUUUUGAUGUUCUCUACUAACCCAACCGCUGGACGUUGGUUACGCGUUCAGUUUUAAACUAAGCGCAAUGUCGCCGCGCCGUGCGUAUUUAUCCAGUUCAAAGCAAUCCUGAUCGAUCUCGAACACUAACGCGCUGGUCCGGCUGGUCGGUUCUAGCCGAUUCUAGCUUGAUGGCGUCAGCAGCAGAUCGCUCAUCGCAACGUUGCCCUGUUUAUGUUUAAUUUUAUGACAAUUAGAUUUUUUUGUGGAAUUUUCGGAAG